UCGAGACCAGCCUGGGUCAGGAGUUCAAGACCAGCCUGACCAACACGGUGAAACCCCAUCUCUACUAAAGAUACAAAAUUACUUUUUCACAAGAUGGCACCGAAAGCGAAGAAGGAAGCUCCUGCCCCUCCUAAAACCAAAGUCAAAGCCAAGGCUUUGAAGGCCAAGAAGGCAGUGUUGAAAGGUGUCCACAGCCACAAAAAACAGAAGAUCUACAUGUCACCAACAUCCCAGUGGCCCAAGACACUGCAACUCUGGAGGCAGCCCAAAUAUCCUCAGAAGAGUGCCCCCAGGAGAAAUGAGCUUGACCACUAUGCUGUCAUUAAGUUUCUGCUGACCACUGAGUCGGCCAUGAAGAAGACACAAGACAACAACAUGCUUGUGUCCGUUAAGGACGUUAAAGCCAACAAGAACCAGAUCCAACAGGCUGUGAAGAAGCUCUGUGACAUGGAUGUGGCCAAAUUCAACACCCUGAUUUGGCCUGAUGGAGAGAGGAAGGUGUAUGUUCGGUCAGCUUCUGAUUACGAUGCUUUGAAUGUUGCCAACAAAAUUGGGAUCAUCUAAACUGAGUCCAGCUGGCUAAUUCUGAAUAUAUGUAUAUCUUUUCACCAUAAAAAAAUACAAAAUUAGCUGACUAUAAUCCUAGCCACUUGGGAGCCUGAGGCAGGAGAA